AUGGCCACAGCUAGAGUGCUCCGGCCAUUUCAGCCGCUCCGACCACUCUUCCAUUCUCUCCAUCAUCCCCUCCACCCCUUGUUCAUAUCUGCCCGCACUCCUCCACACCACCGCACUCUCGCGUCCAAGCACCCCAAAGGUUUUGUGCCACCUCCACAGGCUGACCUGGACGAGCUCCGCGAGCGGGUGCAGGAAUUUACACGCCGCGAGCUGACCGAGGAGGUGGCGGCGGCCACGGACAAGACCAACAGCUUCCCGGCCGACAUGUGGCAGAAGCUGGGCUCAGCCGGCUUCCUGGGCAUCACGGCAGACGAGGACGUCGGCGGGUUGGGCCUUGGCUAUCAGGCCCACUGUGUCGUGAUGGAGGAGCUAUCGCGAGCGAGCGGGUCGGUAGCGCUCAGCUACGCUGCCCACUCGCAGCUGUGCGUGAACCAGCUGCAGCUGCACGGCACGGCAGCCCAGAAGGCGGCUCACAUGCCGGGGCUGAUUGCCGGCACCACGAUCGGGGCCCUGGCUAUGUCGGAGACGGGAGCCGGCAGCGACGUGGUGAGCAUGCGGACGACGGCGCGCGAGGCUGUCCAGCACGGCCGCAACGGCUAUGUGCUCCGGGGCAGCAAGAUGUGGAUCACCAACGGGCCGGACGCUGGCCUGAUCGUGGUGUAUGCCAAGACGCGACCGGAUGCCGGCUCCAAGGGCAUCACGGCCUUUCUGGUCGACACAGCUGCCCGGCCGCCUGGUUUUGCCUGUGCCCGCAAGCUCGACAAGAUGGGCAUGCGUGGUAGCAACACGGGCGAGCUCGUGUUCGACGACGUCUUCGUGCCGUGCUCGCACGUCCUCGGCACCGUCGACGGAGGGGCGCGCGUGCUCAUGGCCGGUCUCGAUCUCGAACGGCUCGUCCUCAGCGCCGGUCCGCUCGGACUCAUGCAGGCUGCCCUCGACCUCGCGCUGCCGUACACCCACCAGCGCCACCAGUUCGGCGUCCCGGUUGCGUCCUUCCAGCUCGUCCAGGGCCGUCUCGCCGACAUGCAUACCAAACUGCAGGCCUCGCGCGCCUACACUUACGCCACUGCCCGCCGUGUCGACGACAGCAGCGACAUCCGCACCGAGGACUGCGCCGGCACCAUCCUCUACGCCGCCGAGCGCGCCACCGAGGUCGCCCUCGACUGCAUCCAACUGCUCGGUGGCAUGGGCUACAUGGAGGAGAUGCCGGCAAGUCGGAUUCUGAGAGAUGCAAAACUCUACGAGAUCGGUGCCGGCACCAGCGAAAUCCGUCGCAUGGUCAUCGGCCGAGCCUUCAACAAGCAGCCACCGCGGAACCACACCACUACGACGUAUGCGGAGGAAAUGGAGUCCGGCCGUCUACACCGAUCGACUCAUGCGGCCACCGGUGGACUGCCGGUCUUCUUCUCAACCUCGACCCGCAUGGCUGCUGCCGGCACGAUGAAGGCGUUUAUCUACGAGAGUGCCAACAAGGCGCGACUGCUGGACCACCCGCGGCCGCAGCUGCUGGAGCCUACGGACGCGGUGGUGCGAGUGCAGAAGACGACCAUCUGCGGCACGGACCUGCACAUCUGCAAGGGCGACGUGGCGACGUGCUCGCCGGGGCGGGUGCUGGGCCACGAGGGUGUGGGCGUGGUCGAGGAGGUGGGCUCAUCGGUCAAGGGCGUGUCGGUGGGCGACCGGGUGCUGAUCUCGUGCGUGUCGUCGUGCUCGUCGUGCCACUACUGCCGUCGCGGCAUGUACUCGCACUGCGAGACUGGCGGCUGGAUUCUGGGCAACUCCAUUGACGGCACGAUGGCCGAGCACGUGCGCGUGCCUCACGCACAGUCGAGCCUGUACGUGCUGCCAGCGGACACGACGGACGACGACGCGGGCGCGCUGGUGAUGCUGAGCGACAUCUUCCCGACGGGCCACGAGUGCGGCGUGCAGAAUGCGCGCGUGCAGCCGGGCUCGACCGUGGUUGUGGUGGGUGCCGGUCCGGUCGGCCUAGCCGCUCUGAUCACGGCCCAGCUGUACUCGCCGGCGGUGCUGAUCGCGAUCGACAUGGACGAGAAUCGGCUGCGGGUUGCGCGCGAGAUGGGCGCCCACCACACGAUCAACAACGGCGGCGGUGCCGAGGGUGCGGCCAGGGCCGUCGAACAGGUCCGCGCCCUCACCGGCGGCAUCGGCUGCGACUCCGUCCUCGAGGCCGUCGGCCUGCCGGCCAGCUUCGAGCUCUGCCAGCAGCUGCUCGCGCCCGGCGGCGUGCUCGCCAACGUCGGCGUCCACGGCACCGGCGUCACCCUGCACUUGGAGAAGCUGUGGGAUCACAAUAUCAGCGUGACGACACGGCUCGUCGACACCGCCACCCUGCCGAUGCUGCUGAAGCUGGUGCAGGCACGGCGCCUCAACCCGGCACAGCUGAUCACGCACAAAUUCAAAUUCUCCGAGAUGGAAAAGGCCUACGAUACCUUCCGCAAUGCCUCGAAGCACAGCGCCCUCAAGGUGCUGGUCGAGAUGGAUUGA